AUGGGCACCCGAAGUGUCCCGGUUGAGAAAGACGGCCAUGUCGCCCUUGACUUGCUUGACAAGGAUAAGGAAGAUGGCACCAUUCGCGCCGCCGACGGAGCAAGCAUUGCUGCUGCUGAGAGCGAAGAGGAUCAGCCAUACGAGCCACUGCCAGGCGUGAUGCCUUACGACGGCCGCAGACUCGUUACCAUUCGCGCCAUCUUGACUGGCGGUGUCCUUGGUUCUUUGAUUGCCUGCUCAAAUUUGUACCUAGGCCUCAAGUCUGGCUUUGGUGCCGACGCAACUCCCUUCUCUGCUAUUUUCGGAUUCGGCAUAUGCAAGAUGCUUGAGAAGUCAAAGAUCCCCCUUCUCUCUGAUGACUUUGGUCCGCACGAAAACAACAUCAUCCAAGCGACCUCUCUGGGCUGCAUCGGCAUGGGUUUUAUGUUUAUGAGCGGCGUGCCAGCAAUGUACCAGCUAAAGCUCCUGGGCCCAGAUCCCCAAUCCGACUAUGGGCGGUUGAUUUGCUUGACACUGGCGCCGGGCCCUCACCCCAUGUCCAAGCGGCCUUGGCAUCUUGUGGUGGAUGCUUGA